AUGACCAUGUCAGAAGUCAAUGUUGAACCUGUGAUGGUGACAACAGCGCCUCCAUACGCAGCUCUUAAGAAAAACGAUGCUCUUCCUACAGUUUUAACAAUUGCAGGUAGUGAUUCUAGUGGGGGUGCAGGUAUCGAAGCUGACCUUAAGACAAUCACUAGCCACAGAUGUUAUGGUCUGACUUGUAUAACUGCGUUAACUGCACAAACGCCUGAGCGUGUGUAUGCGGUUCACAACACACCAAAAAGUCACCUAAAACUAAUACUACAGAGUAACCUGCGUGACAUGAGAGUAGACGUAAUAAAGACAGGUAUGUUGACGGAUGAUGCCGUUGAUGUAUUGAUUGAAGUGCUGGGCGCCAUUCCCAAAGAACAGAGACCAAGCCUUGUGGUUGAUCCGGUGCUUAUUGCUACAUCGGGUUUCAGUUUAGCCGAGGGCAACUCCACGGUAUUAAAAAUCAAAGAGUUGGCUCCAUUAGCAACGCUUUUAACGCCAAAUAUCUACGAGUGUGCCCAAUUGUUGGGGCGUGAAUUCGCCUGCAACGAUGUCAAUGAUCUGAUUAAAGCAGGUGAGGAACUUCGUGCUAUCACAAAAUGUCCUAACGUCUUAGUGAAAGGUGGGCAUGCGCCAUGGAUUGGCAAAAACGGUGGAAAGUACGUUACAGAUGUGCUGUGCUCUGAAGAUGGCCAUACUAUCUACCAAAGCGAAUUCUGUGCUGUUGAUAACACACACGGUACCGGCUGUACAUUGGCUUCUGCUAUUAGUAGCAAUCUAGCACACAAGGAAUCCUUAGGUCACGCGAUUUAUGGUGCCAUCCAAUAUGUACACAACGCCAUACAAAUUGGGUGUCAAGUUACAUUGAAGCACGUGAAGGAAAAUGGUCCUAUUAACCAUGUGUAUGCGAUUAAGAUGCCCUUGAAGGAGAUGAUAGAAGACGUGUGCUAUUCUGCCCACAAUUUGAGCCUUGAAGAAGAUGACCGGGCAAGCAAUUGCAGCAGCAGCAGCGUGAUAUCACAAAUUCGUGAUUCGGGCUCUUUUUUCCAAUAUUUGAUAUCCGACUCACGCGUGAAACCCUACUGGGAAGCUUAUAUCAACCACGACUUUGUGAGACAGGUCGCUGAUGGCACGCUGCCCAGAGAAAAGUUCCGUUUUUUCCUCGAACAAGACUACGCUUAUCUAGACAACUACGCGCAAAUCCACUGCACAGCCGCUAGUAAAGCACCCACCGACGCGGAUUUCAGGAAAUCCAUUGAGGUCGUAAGCAGCAUCAAGGUGGAAAUGGAAAAGCACCGUGAGAAGAUGAUAAAGCAUUUUGGCAUUUCAGACAUGAAGCACUUUGACGAAAUCAAGAAAAGCCCUGCGCUCAAGAACUACGCUCGGUUUUUCCUCGACGUGGCCAAAAGUGGCUCCUGGGAGCAUCUGUGCGUCGCGCUGUCACCCUGCUUGAUGGGUUACGGUAACGCCUUAUUGAUACGCCAGAAUGAUAUCACUGUUCCAGAAGAUGACAUUUAUCAUACGUGGUGCAAGGAUUACUUAUCGCCUUGGUACACUGACGCCAUGGACGAGGGCCUAAUCUUAUUGGAUAGAAUCUGCCAAAUGACAAGCGAUUGGGAUGCGCUCUGUGAAAUUUACGCCGCUGUAUGUAAGCUAGAAAAGGAGUUUUGGGAUUCGGCAUUGGCCUACCACGAGUCGAAGUCAGUCGACAAUGCUUCAGCUUAA